AUGUGUAUCGCUUUGAUCUCCACCGCCCACCCGGACUAUUCAUUGAUCGUCAUCGACAAUAGAGAUGAAUUUCUCCACCGACCAACUUCAAAGCCAGACUGGUGGCCGGAGCCGUUCUCGUAUGUUCUCGGAUCACGCGACCUUGCACGUUCAACCCACGGCACGUGGAUGGGAGUGACAAAACAGGGGAAGUUGGCCGUUCUCACAAAUUAUCGCGAAGACAAAGCCUCUCUAGCCAUCGGACAAUAUAGUCGCGGCGUAAUCGUGAACAACUGGCUGACCGGUCCGACGAACGAGAGGCAGACUACUCACAGCUUCGUGCAGUCCAUGGUGGCCAGCGAAGAGGCGAAACAAGUGGGCGGCUUCAGUCUGGUAUGUGGUUAUAUAAACGAGCCCUUGGCCAUUGUCUCCAACCGCUCCUCCGAUAUGGAUCAAAUUACCUGGGUUGCAGCAGAAAAGAAACAAACCAAAGGCCUGAGCAACACGACUGUGGAUGACCGAUCAUGGCCGAAGAUCCUCAACGGCGAAAAGCUAAUGGAUUCCGCCAUUGCAAGUCACGCUCAAGCUCAAGAAGAUGAGGAUAGCUUGAUCGAGCGUUUAAUUCAGGUUCUCAGCGUCGACACUUUACCUCGAUUGCCUGAAGGCGAGAACCAUAGUAUUGACAAUUAUGUCCAACACCUAAGGAAAAGUAUUUUUAUCCCUGUCAUUGGAAGAAAAGAUGAUAUCAAUCGAGCCGCAAAGACAACUGCCGCAGCGCAAGUCACAGAUGAGGCAAACAAGUCACCAGCAAACCAACCACUAGGGUUGGAUUAUAGCAGUGGCCCAUACGGAACUCAGAAGCAGACUGUUCUCCUCGUCACACCCGACGGGCGGGUGCGAUACUUUGAGCGGACAUUGUGGGACAGCAACGUGAACGCUAUACCCAUCGGGAAAGGCGAUCGGUCUUUCGAGUUUCAUAUCGAGAGAUAA